AUGAAUUUCACCACUGAACUUUUAAUUUCUGAAUUAAAAACUGCAAAGGAAAAUUAUGUUCAUCUCGGAAGAAGCAUUGAAAAAAAUUGGAAUGAUUUGCAACGAUUGAGAAUUGAGCAAGGCUAUGCCUCCAGAAACCUUGCCGUGCAGAAAACUGAGCAAAGCGACAUUUUAAAUUUUUAUAACCAAUGGUUCGACACAGCUGAUACACCUGUAUAUUCAAUAAUUGCAAGUGAAGAACCACAGAUUAAUAAUUCAAAACCACAGCAUGAAAUUGAGCGUUUAAGUCUGAUAUCUAAAUAUCGCUAUCAGCUAAUAAUUCACUUCAAUAAAAUAAGUGUGUGCAAGACUCCAUAUCGAGCGUUAAAUACUGAUUUCUCCUGUAAUUUCGAUGAAAUUUACAGAUUACGUGUAAGCUUUAUUGCUGUUGCUUCAUUACUGAACCAUUAUAUGGAACCUUUCUUCCUUUUGCAGCAUGAAACACUUUUUGAUUUGGCUGAAUUCAGUCGUUGGGAUGAAGCAUCUUCUCACUAA